AUGACGACGAUGGAGCGUGCACUCAAUCGACUGUAUGAGCAAGUCAGGGGUCAACACGGCACCCAAGGCCUCUUCAUGGCCACGCAUGCCUUGCUCUGCUCCAUCGGAGUCACUUCGCCUGCCGCGCUUCUCCUCAACAUCAACGCUCCCUUUGGCAAAUUUGCCAUGGACCGAAGCUAUCUCAACCUCAACGGUAAUACAGCCUGGCUUGUCAUGGAGUUUGUGUCACCAUUGACCUUUGUGCUAUCUGUUUGUGGCCCGCCACUGUCGGGUCGGCCAUUCACAUGGCAGUUUGAGGCGCAAAAGUCGAUCUUUGGCGCAUCAUUCUCAGACACCCUGGCAGAGUUGACCCCCACGCUGCCGACAUUGGAUCUGCUGAAUGCCCUCACACUACCGAGCAAGGUGCUCGCAAUUCUGUUCAUCGUUCACUAUGCCAAUCGAUCUGUCAUCUCCACUUUACGUCAGCCUACCGCACGCGCACCCAUCCACUUCUUGCCCUUCAUCAUGGCAUGCUUCUUCAAUCUCGCCAAUGGCUUCCUCAUGGGUAGCUGGGUCGGAGGCAGAACACGCACUACGACGAGUAUGUUUCUCACCGGCGGUCAGCGCGGCGGUUUACCGGGUGAUGCUGCUGCAUCUCCACUCUUCUGGCUCGGCAUCUCGCUUUGGCUCUUUGGCUUUGUCGGCAAUUUGGUACACGAUGAGAUCCUCUACAAUCUUCGCAGAGCCAAACAGGGCGAGACCAGACCGCGGUAUUCAAUCCCGCGCGGACUCAUGUACGAUGCGCCGUUCGGUGGCAUCUCGCAUCCUGCUUAUCUCUGCGAAUGGAUAGAAUGGACGGGCUAUGCCCUAGCAGCAUCGUCCGUCAUCGGCGUCGCGCCACCUUUGCCGAUUGCGACAGGCGCACAGCCUUCGACUCUGUUCGAUCUAUCGAGAUGGCUGCCUAAGCCACUCAGGCGCUCGAUCGUGCCCCGCCAUCCCAUGCGGUCGCCUUUGACCUAUCUCGGCCCGCCAUGGGUCUUUGUCGCGCUCGAAGUAUCGGCUAUGCUGCCGCGUGCGAUCAGUGGGCACAAGUGGUACAAAGCUCAAUUCGGCAACGAGCUGCCCAAGUCACGCAAAGCAAUCUUCCCCGGCAUUCUCUAG